AGGGUCUCUUCAAGUACUGAAACAGAGCAUUGCUUUUCUCACCCAUAUAACUGAUUUUCCAAUCAAAACUCAUUUCUUAUUAUUUCAUUAGCCCACAAAUUUUUUUACUCUUCUUUUUCAGUUUUAGUCUUUGGGAUUUGAGCUUAAAUCAGUGAGCAACCAGAGAGAGUGAGUCCAGAGUUUGGUGAAGCUUGGCUGAGAAAUGCUUCUGCAUGCUCAAAAUCUGAAUGCAGUUCAGGUCACAUGUUUGACUUGCACUGGCCUUAGAAGGGGCAGAGACUUUACAGCUUCAUCCCCAAGUUGCUGUCAUCUUUAUUUCACAUGUUCACAUGAAUCCUGGUGAAUGAAACCAUGGCUGCAAGAUCUUCCCAGCUCUUGUGGCUUUGAACUCAUCCCGGGUCAUUGUCAGUUAUAUUUUGAAGAGCCUUGAUGUUUACAUACAGUUGAUUCAUGGCCUAAUAUAAGUUCGAUUAUUCGGUGUUAUUUUACUACAGACCAGUUCUGUUAACUGAAGACAAAGUGGUUGCUUUUAGAAGAUUGCCAUGGGUUAUCAUAAUUCAAGAUCUGUAAGAUUCCCGGAUGAUGUUGAAUUAGCAAAGCUACCUACAACCAAUGGAGGUGGUGUUGUUAAGUUUAAGUACAAGAUUGAUGGUUCACAAGUACCAGAGUCUUGUGAGAAGGAGGUGCCUGGGAAGACUGGAAAGUCCUUAAAAGCUAAAGUACUGUCCAGAGUCUUUUCUGAGGACUAUGAGAGAGUGCAGAAGAAGAUAUUAGAUCCUCGAGGACAUACUAUUCGACGAUGGAACAAGAUUUUCUUAGUAACUUGUUUAGUUUCUUUGUUUGUGGACCCUCUAUUCUUUUACUUGCCAGCGGUCAGAGAUGAAUUGUGCAUUAAUAUUGGAAAACCACUUGAAGUCAUUCUUACAAUUGUUCGAUCAGUGGCUGAUGUAUUUUACAUAAUUCAAAUUUUUAUUAGAUUUCGUAAAGCUUAUAUUGCACCUUCGUCUCGUGUAUUUGGGAGAGGAGAGCUUGUAAUAGAACCUUCAAAGAUCUCACUGAGGUACCUACGCUUGGAUUUCUGGAUAGACCUCAUUGCUGCCCUGCCCCUUCCUCAGGUGUUGAUUUGGAUCGUAAUCCCCAGACUUGGGGGUUCAACAAUGACAAACACAAAAAACGUCCUUCGGUUCAUCAUAAUCUUUCAGUACAUACCAAGGCUCUUUCUUAUAUUUCCACUCUCAUCACAAAUAGUCAAGGCCACUGGUGUUGUGACAGAGACAGCAUGGGCAGGGGCUGCAUACAAUCUGAUGCUAUACAUGUUGGCAAGUCAUGUUUUAGGAGCUUGCUGGUACCUUCUUUCAAUUGAGCGGCAAGAAGCAUGCUGGAGAAGUGUGUGUGAUCUUGAGGAGACGUUUUGCGAAUAUGAUUACUUUGAUUGUCACCGGAGUCGAGACCCUAAAAGGAAUUCCUGGUUCCAGUCAAGUAAUGUCACAAAUCUAUGUAAUCCAGAUAAAAGCUCUUAUCAGUUUGGUAUGUAUGGCGAUGCUGUAACAUACGAUGUUACAACCUCAUCGUUCUUCAACAGAUACUUUUACUGCCUCUGGUGGGGUCUACGAAAUCUCAGUUCCUUAGGACAAAAUCUUUCAACAAGCACUUACGUUGGAGAAAUAAUGUUUGCCAUAAUUAUUGCGACUCUUGGGCUGGUUCUCUUCGCAUUGCUGAUUGGAAAUAUGCAAACAUACUUGCAGUCGACAACUGUCAGACUAGAAGAGUGGAGGAUUAAGAGAACUGAUACAGAAGAAUGGAUGCGUCAUAGGCAGUUGCCACCGGAAUUGAGAAUCUCUGUGCGGAAGUAUGAUCAAUAUAAAUGGUUGGCUACUAGAGGAGUUGAUGAGGAAACUCUUCUUAAAGGCCUACCUAUGGAUCUUCGAAGAGACAUCAAGCGUCACCUUUGCCUUGACCUUGUUCGUCGGGUUCCUCUGUUUGAUCAAAUGGAUGAAAGGAUGCUAGAUGCAAUAUGUGAGAGGCUUAAACCAGCCCUGUGUACCGAAGGCACAUAUCUAGUGCGUGAAGGAGACCCUGUCAAUGAAAUGCUCUUCAUAAUUCGAGGCCACCUUGAUUCGUACACCACGAAUGGUGGCCGCACUGGAUUCUUCAACUCAUGCCAUAUUGGCCCGGGUGACUUCUGCGGGGAGGAACUGCUGACAUGGGCCUUGGACCCUCGUCCAAGUGUCAUCCUGCCAUCUUCAACGCGCACUGUCAAAUCCAUUUCUGAAGUAGAAGCAUUUGCUCUAGUAGCCGAGGACUUGAAAUUUGUAGCAUCCCAAUUCAGAAGACUUCACAGCAAGCAACUUAGACACAAGUUCCGGUUCUAUUCACACCAAUGGAGAUUAUGGGCUGCAUGUUUCAUACAGGCAGCAUGGCGCCGCUGUAAGAAACGAAGGGAAGCAGCUGAACUCAAGGCUAAAGAAAACUACACAGCCGCUGAGCCUGCAAAACCUCCACCUGUGUCCAGCUUGGUUACUUAUGCCGCAAGGCUGGCCGCAAGCACUAGGAGAGGUGCCAAUAAGCAUUCUGGGUCAGAUUCUGGGGUUGUAAGCUCAUUGCAGAAGCCAGCAGAACCUGAUUUUUCUGUUGAUGAGGAAUGAAAGGUGAAACUCAAACAACUUGGGUAUAAAAUAGGUGUGAAUUAAUGAGCUCUGCUGUAAAUUUUAUAUAUACUCUCUCUCUCUCUCUCUCUCUCUCUCUCUCUCUUAGGAUACAAUCAGAUUCAGAGGUGGCUUAAUGUAAUUGUUUUAUUAUUUGGUUAUAUACAUUAGAAGGUGAUAGGAAAUUUUAUUAUUUUGUUA